CAAACGCGUGCAUUUGUUUAUCACACUCAUAUAUAGCACCAUGGGCGGGAUCAAGAGAUAUUACCACGAUUUCAUCCAUAUCAAGUUGCAUAGCUUCAGUCGCAUCAGUAGAUAUGUUGCUGAUUCAAUUCUUUUCCUCUAUCGAUUUUUCACGUUGAAUGUUCAUCCAUUCUGGAUUCAGUUGUCCUACUUACUUGCCAUUUCUAUACUUAGUUCAGUCCUCUUGAUGUCACUGAAACCAAGCAACCCUGAGUUCAGCCCCCGUUACAUUGAUAUGCUGUUCCUGUCAACCUCUGCUCUAACAGUUUCUGGCCUCAGCACCGUCAAAAUGGAGGACCUCUCAAGCCCCCAAAUUGUGGUCCUGACGCUGCUCAUGUUUGUAGGAGGGGAGAUUUUUGUUUCUCUCUUAGGCCUCAUGCUUAGAGUGAACCAUCAGGACAUGCCAGAUAUUUCAACCGUGAAGAUCAGUUCAGUUCCUGUGGAGCUUGAAGCGAUAGACUCAGCGAGCAGUGUGACAUUCUGCGACGAGUCAAAGCUUGAAGAAGCAACUCAAGCAAUUCCACCUAAGAAUUCAGAUUUGAAGAGAAGGUCUCUCAAAUGCUUAGGAUACGUGGUCUUUGGGUACCUUGCUGUGAUUCAUGUCUUGGGCUUUCUGCUGGUUCUGCUGUACAUAACUCAUGUGCCAACUGCAAGAAUUCCACUGAACAAGAAAGGGAUCAAUGCCGUGCUCUUUUCAGUGUCGGUCACCGUCGCCUCCUUUGCAAAUGCUGGAUUAGUGCCGACGAAUGAGAACAUGACCAUCUUCUCAAAGAACUCAGGGCUCUUGCUGUUGCUCACUGGCCAGAGUCUUGCAGGCAACACACUGUUCCCUCUUUUCCUGAGGCUACUGGUAUGGUUCUUGAGUAAGCUGACAAAGGUGAAGGAGCUGGGGUUCAUGAUCAAGAACCCUGAGGAGGUGCAUUUCGGUCAUUUUCUUCCUAGGUUGCCAACUGUAUUUCUCUCCUCAACGGUCAUUGGCCUUGUAGCAGCAACAGUUACACUGCUCUGUGCUGUUGACUGGAAUUCUUCAGUGUUCGAUGGGCUCAGCUCUUAUCAGAAGAUCGUCCAUGCAUUCUUCAUGGCGGUGAAUACAAGGCACUCAGGAGAGAAUUCCAUUGACUGCUCGCUCGUCUCCCCAGCAAUUCUAGUAAUAUUCAUCAUCAUGAUGUAUUUGCCAUCAUCAGCAACAUUUGCACCACCCAAUGGAGAUACUAAAACCACUGAUGACAACAUGGAGCACAGAAGAGGAUCGUUGGUGCAAAACUUAGCGUUUUCACCACUCAUGUGUAACAUUGUCUUUGUGAUCGUUGUCUGUAUCACUGAGAGGAGAAGACUCAGAAACGAUCCGCUCAACUUCUCCACCUUGAACAUGAUAUUUGAGGUCGUCAGCGCAUAUGGCAAUGUAGGGCUAUCCACUGGUUACAGUUGUUCUAGGCUGCAGCUGCUACAUCCAAAGAGCAUAUGCCAGGACAGGCCAUACAGUUUUUCUGGUUGGUGGAGCGAUGGAGGAAAGCUUGUGCUGGUCUUGGUCAUGUUCUAUGGCAGGCUCAAGGUAUUCAGUAUGGGAACAGGUAAAUCUUGGAAGGUAGGGCACAGCUGAACAAGAUUAGUUGCAAAGCGGAGUGUAUCAAAUUUACUAAUUUAGUACGAUUGUCGUUAGUGUACUGCCAGAAGGUUCAGGUUUCUAGUUGGACUUCAUUGGGCAAAAACAUGUGUGUUUGUGGAUGUUGCAACUGUAAUGCAAAUGUUUCUUUCCCCAAUCAUCUGGUUUGCUCUUUUUA